AACAACAAGCAAGGGGAACAGCUGCUCUCUCUAGCUACAUAUACAUAUAUAUAACAACACGUACUACUGCGCGUUGCAACACCCAUGGCGGCGGCUCGGGGAAGAGGCAGUGCCGCAGGCGGCAGUAGGGCGCCGCCGCUUGUCGCCGGUGCCGCGUUCCUGUGCGUGGCGGUGCUCCUGCUGGCGGUGGCCACCCCGGCGGCCGAGGCGGGGACGACGUACCUCGUCGGCGACGCCGCCGGGUGGACGCUCCGGCCCAAAGUUGACUACGGCCAGUGGGUGGCCGGCAAGACCUUCCACGCCGGCGACAUCCUCGUGUUCAAGUACAACACCACGUAUCACGACGUGGCGUGGGUGAGCAAGGGAGGCUACAGGAACUGCAUCGUGUCGCCCAAGGGCGGACGCGCGCCGGUGUACCACACGGGCCACGACGCCGUCACGCUGCCCAGGGGCACGCACUACUUCAUCUGCGGCACGCCGGGACACUGCAGCGCCGGCAUGAAGCUCGCCGUCACGGUCUACUGAUCAGAUCCAUAGUACGUCGUACUACGUACGUCUCCGGCCAGCAGCUUCAUAUCUUCUCGAUCGCGUGUGGGUAGCAGAGCAGGUAGCUAGCGUAGUGUGCGCGGACGGUUGAAUGAGCGUGCGUGUACGUGUGACGUCGCGCUCUCGCGCGCUGAUGUAUUCUUCAUCAUGCAUCGUCGCAUGCAGGUACGGUUGAGUUAAUAAUUGGCGUAUGUAAUUUGCGUGUCGUUGCGACUUGUGUGAGUUUGGCGUGUAUGUGUGGCAUCAUUCAAAAUGUGCAAUGAGAGUAAACCUGAUGUUUCCUCUCGUUACGGUAAUAUCUGAACUUGGUCAAAUGGAACUAAACUUAAUUUAUAGUGU